AUGGCGCCUUUUCCAUCCCCAACUACGACAUGGCACACGGAGAGCUACCCAUCCAUCUCUCCCAACCGUCCUGAGCUUUCCGCCAAAGAAAAGAGUGUACUAGUAACUGGAGGUGGUACUGGAAUCGGUGCAGAGACAGCAAUAUCCUUUGCACUAGCAGGGGCAUCUCGAAUUGCCCUUCUUGGCCGCCGAGAACAGCCCCUCCUUGAUACCAAAGCACUCAUCGAAGAGAAGUUUGCCAAUGUCGAGGUAUUCGUGGCCCCCACUGAUGUCACGGACAAGAAUCAAGUCGAUACAGCAUUUGCAAAGUUUGCUGAAUCUGGGAAACUCGACGUUCUGGUUAGCGGUGCGGCCAUGAUUGGUCCCCAAGAUCCGGUUCGUGAUGUAGAUGGUGAGAGGUUCUUGGUCACUGUCGAUCAGAAUUUGCGAGGAUCUUUGUUCGUCGCGCAGGCCUUUCUUCGCCAUGCAUCGAAGAAUGCAGUUGCCAUCGAUAUCAAUUCAUCUGCUGCCCACGUGAAUUUCGGCCCCGGAUUUUCUGCCUACAAUGUGGCCAAGCUGGCGGUAUUCCGGCUUUGGGAUUCUGUGGCUGCUGGGAACCCGGAUCUGAGCAUUUUUCAUAUUCAGCCUGGUAUUGUGGACACAGACAUGAAUAAGGAAGCAGGAGGUGUGAAAGCUACCGGUAUUGAAGAUCAUGUUUCUCUGCCUGCGCACUUCAAUGUUUGGCUUGCUAGUCCCGAGUCUCGGUUCUUGAAGAGCAAGUUCUUGUGGGCAAACUGGGAUGUUGAUGAGCUGGAGGCGAAGGCGAAGGAGAUCGAAAGCAAUGACCUGCUUAGUAUUGGGCUGGGUGGAUGGCCGUUUCAAGAUACCAACUGGAGUGCCACUUGGAAAUCUUGA